AUGGACUCAGAAUCUGCGGAGUACGAGCAGAAUGAUCGUGUUGGGCCAUGGCCCACUGGCCUCCCCCGUAGUUACGCCUAUGAUGGUCCUGGCGGUUCUCUAUUACCAUUUGCCGCUGAUGGAUUUGAACGAUUAAAAUUGACAGAGUUAUCAGAAGGAAAAGGCAGGCGAAAACUGUUAUUGUUACUAUUCUGACCUCCGCCAUUACUAUUAUUUCGUCCAUAAAAAUUUGUUUGUCGAUUUUGAGAAAAAGUCGGUCGAUUUCUAUCGUUAUUUGUUGGAAAAACAGGAGAUUUAGCUGCCUGGUUCUCCUGACCCGAAGAAUUUGUUGAUGGAGAAGAAGGUGCGUCAAGAUUAGCAACAACAACUGUUCUCUCUGGUGUUUUCAAUCGCACCAGCUGCCGAGUUAACGAUUUCGUUAAUUCCUGCGGAUUUCCUUCAUCCUUAUCACAAUCAAAAUUCGUAGAAAUCCAUCUGUUAGGCAGUGAUCUCUGGAUUUCUUCUU